CUUUUGAAACAAAUAAACGGUCGUCAUAUUUUAACUCGUGCUACUUAACAAACAAGGCCAAGGAGAGAGAAAGGGGUGUUUAAUGUAAACCUGAAAAACUUUAGGGGCAUUUUAACAAAAUCUCGGCAGGUAAGGUCCUCCUCCGAUGGUAUGUAUUAUUACGAUUGGCUUAGCAAUUAACAUUUAGCACCCCAAGCUGAGUGUUAGGUGAGGUUUAAUCCUUUACCCUUCACAUUACAUUUUGUGUAAAUUUCCCUCUAUUCAAUCCAUUUCACAAACUUCAGUCAGUCGCUAAGAUCAUGGCUUGGAUGACACGAUUUCUCACAGCGGUUGCCUUCUUGGCAAUCGGAGUCAUAUUUUCGCCGGAAACGUUCGGAUCAAAAUCAGCAAAGAUCACAUCGUUCGUCAAACUUGCACAUCUCCUAUGUUUCUCCACCGCCUGGGGCGCAGCUCUUUGGGUCACCUUCAUCGGCGGCAUCAUCAUGUUCAAGAAUUUGCCAAGGCAUCAGUUUGGGAAUCUGCAAAGCAAGAUGUUUCCGGCCUACUUUAUGAUGGUUGGGAUAUGCUGUGCGGUGACUGUGGGUUGUUUUGGUUAUACACAUCCAUGGAAGUCUUCAUCAACUGCUGAGAAGUAUCAGCUUGGGUUUUUGGUCUCUGCUUUUGUCUUCAAUCUCACCAAUCUUUUUGUCUUUACUCCCAUGACCAUUGAGAUGAUGAAACAAAGGCACAAGCUGGAGAGAGAGUCAAACAUUGGAGAAGAAAUUGGGUGGACAAAGAACAAGGAAGUUGCAAAGGUCAACCCAAAGCUAGCAGCAAUGAACAAGAAGUUUGGGAUGAUUCAUGGACUCUCAUCUCUAGCUAACAUCAUGUCUUUUGGUAGUCUUGCUAUGCAUUCAUGGUAUUUAGCAGCCAAAAUUGAUCUCUAGAUCCACCCUUCCCCAUGACUUUUAAUAAUAAUAAUAAUAAUAAAUAUAUGUAUCAUUUUCUUGAUUUGGAUCGUUACCAUGUAUUAUGAUAUGUUAUAAAAGAAGAGCUUUAGCAGCUGUGUAUUUUAGUUUUAAACUCCUAAUCUUUGAUGUGUAUAAUCAUGGUUGUAUCUGAAAAAUGAAAUUGUUACAUGAGAAGAUAAAAGAGUUGGAAUAUAACUAGAUGAAUAUCCAAUUUUCACACGAUAUGUUCUUGUCAAUAAUGAAGUGUAAC